GCAGUCUGAUCCAGAUACAAUACAUGCGUUAUUUCUACCGUUGAAUUCUGCAAGCAUCCAUGGCCAGCGUGUCUCGCACAGCCUGUUGCAGCUUUGACAGCGCCGGCGGCGGUUCGUCGCCUCUUUGGCAACCCGUGCACCUUAGUCACACCCCUCCCCACCUACCCACCCCACCCCGCUAAAGUAGUUUUCGGCGCCGUCCCUCAUCAUUUUCGUUCUCGUGCUGCCAAACGCUGUCAUCAACAGAAACAUAAAACCCUCUGCCUCCCCAAUUUGGUGCCACUUGCUUUCUUCUCCUCCCUUCAUUGUUCCAUCGUCUCAUCUUUUACUUCCAUCGCGUGGUUACUUUAGUACUUCGUCUUUGUUCUUCCGUCCUCAUUCCCUUUUACACACACACUCCCACCCUCACAAACCCACAUACACACAAACCGUCGCAAUGUCGGACAGCAGAUAUGCAUUCACCUCCAAAACGGAGACACUCAACAAGUACCUUAAGCUUGAUCAGAAGGGUAUGAUCAUGGCUGAGUACGUCUGGGUUGAUGCCAACGGCGAGACUCGUUCCAAGUCAAGAACCCUCAAGGAGGCCGAGUACAAAGCUGAGGACCUACCCGUCUGGAACUUCGACGGUUCCUCCACCGAGCAGGCCCCCGGUGACAACUCUGAUGUUUACCUCCGCCCCUGCGCCAUCUACCCCGAUCCCUUCCGUGGCUCCCCCAACAUCAUCGUUCUUGCCGAGUGCUGGAACGCCGACGGAACCCCCAACAAGUACAACUACCGCCACGAGUGCGAAAAGGUCAUGGAGGCCUACGCUGACCAUGAGCCCUGGUUCGGUCUCGAGCAGGAAUACACCUUCCUUGACCUCGAUGACAGACCUUUCGGCUGGCCCGCCGGUGGCUUCCCUGCCCCCCAGGGCCCUUACUACUGCGGUGUUGGUGCUAGCAAGGUUGUCAUGCGUGACAUCGUUGAGGCUCACUACAAGGCCUGCCUCUUCGCCGGCAUCAAGAUCUCCGGUACCAACGCUGAGGUCAUGCCCGCCCAGUGGGAGUACCAGGUCGGUCCUUGCGACGGCAUUGAGAUGGGCGAUCAGCUUUGGAUGGCUCGUUUCUUCCUUGCCCGUGUUGCUGAAGACUUUGGCGUGAAGGUCUCCGUCCACCCCAAGCCCAUGAAGGGUCCCUGGAACGGCGCCGGCAUGCACACUAACUUCUCCACCAAGGAGAUGCGUGCCGAGGGCGGUAUGGCCCAUAUCGAGGCUGCCCUCAAGAACCUCGAGCCUCACCACAUGGAGUGCAUCAAGGAGUACGGCGAGGACAACGAGCAGCGCCUUACUGGCGGAUACGAGACUGGUGCCAUCGACCAGUUCACCUGGGGCGUUGCUAACCGUGGCUGCUCUAUCCGCAUUCCCCGCGAGACUGCUGCUAAGGGCUUCGGCUACUUCGAGGACCGUCGUCCCGCUUCCAACGCCGAUCCUUACCGUGUCACCAAGAUUCUCAUGACUUCCAUCUUUGGCAAGUUGUAAACCAAGUAUGGCUUGCAAACAAACUUGUACAAUGAGACGAUGCGCAUGAGUAGAAAAGACACAUUAAUUAAAUCCUUUCCUUUUUGUUUUAAUGGCGGGUAACUGGGGUCACCCAAAGAUCCCAUUGGCGGCGUUCCGGACUUGCAGGAGACAUUUGUUUCCCCUUUGAACAUACAUAGAUAGCAUUGAAUGAAUUCUACCACGGCAAUUAAACUGUGCCUACUCUUACCUAUUUGUUACCAUUCUAUAAUCUUUGUGAUUCUUAAUAGUACAAAAUACUCGUUCAGUUUACAAGUGAACCCUAUACAAAUAGACGAUACAACAAAAAACUUAGCCUUUCUCAACCAAUGUUUCCCCCCGUAAACUGUAGUUUAAUUAUAUAGACAACUUAACUUAAUUUUAAAAUUUAAAAAAUUUGAAAAGG